CAGAAAGAUGGCCCUCUUGGCCAUACACGACAAUCCUUGCCCCAUCAACCUCUUUGGAAGGAAAUCAACCAACUCAGCACCUCAGCAACAAGAAGUCCUGCAGCUACCAGGUAUCUCCUUUCAACAUCAGUUAAUCCUGGUCACACUAAUACACACUUCGAGAAGAUCAAAGCCAGAUUAUAUCAAUACAGAUAAAAAGUAAAUACGAAUAGUAAACAUAAAAAAGACACAAUGAUUAUACCAUUAUCUAGAUGUGUGCCUUGCCGCUAAAGGCAGCUACAGCCACAGUCAUGCUAGACCAAAGGCACCCUCCACUCCAACAGCUACCAAGCAAUAAUAAUGUAUAUAAACUAAAGAAGAUUACCGAUCAUAAUAUUGUUGUAAUAUAUUUACUGACAGAAGUAUACAGUAUAACUUCAGUAAUAACUAUCAUUACUAAAAUA